GGGCGGGAGUGGGGGGACUCAAUGCUUGGAAUGAAAUGGGAUUUUAAUGCUGCGAACAGCGGACGCUUCGGGGACGGUCGCGCGCUCGGCGAUGUUUGCCAGGGAAUAAAAACGGUGCGUAACAUCUCGUUUCCAUGGACAACACGUCCAUAAUAACACAGGUUGCAAAUCCGAAAGAGGAGGAGAGCAUUUGUUCAAAUCCAGAUAAAGUCUCCCAGUCCAACGGCAGCCUAAAGAAGCAUCGCAGCCGCAGCAUCUUCAGCCCCUUCUUCUGCUGCUUCCGCAAAUACAAUGACUACAAUGUGGAGCCGCCAGCCGCCAACAACAAGUCGCUUCCUCUGCCCCCGCUGCCCGAGGAGAACGGCGGCCCCCCAAAGUGUGACCAGGUCCAGGUCAUCCCCAUCCCCAGUCCGCCGGACAAGUUCCUUCUGCCAGAGGUCGGUACAGAUGACUUUGGCAAAAACUGCGUGGUGAUCGACCUGGACGAAACCCUCGUGCACAGCUCCUUCAAGCCCAUCAGCAACGCAGACUUCAUCGUUCCAGUGGAGAUUGAUGGGACUGUUCAUCAGGUGUACGUGCUGAAGAGGCCCCAUGUCGAUGAGUUCCUCCAGAGGAUGGGUCAGCUCUUUGAAUGCGUCCUCUUCACGGCGAGCUUAGCUAAGUACGCCGACCCCGUGGCCGACCUGCUGGACCAGUGGGGGGUGUUUCGCGCCCGCCUCUUCAGGGAGUCCUGCGUCUUCCACAGAGGAAACUACGUCAAAGACCUCAGCCGGCUGGGCCGGGAGCUCAGUAAAGUCAUCAUCAUAGACAACUCGCCUGCCUCCUACAUCUUCCACCCCGAGAACGCGGUGCCGGUGCAGUCGUGGUUCGACGACAUGACGGACACGGAGCUGCUUGACCUGAUUCCUCUGUUUGAGGGACUCGGGAAGGAGGAGGACGUCUACAGUCUGUUACAGAGUCUGAGGAACAGGUAGCAGACGGCGGCUCCAGCUUGCAGCCUCUCCGACGCUGCAAUGGAGGCCCCGGGCCCCCCCAAAUCCCCCUCCCCCCGAAACCGAGGGGCCCCGGGACUCCCAAUUGUUGUGACUGGAGUGAAAUCCAGAGGCAACAACUGUCGGGAUUCUGUCCAGACUCUUUGUACAGGACUCCUACUGAUGAAAUAUUACGUGACCGUAUGUACAUACUAUAUGUUUCUAAGCAAAACUUACAUAAAGUAAUUUUUCUAUGAGACAGUGGAGGUUUUACUAUUCUAACAAGUAAUAUUUUAGUUACCAAAACAACCCAAUAGACUCCAUUCUUUUGUUGAGAAUGAGGGGCGUUUUGUUUCUUUGUGUAGAGCUGUGCUAUGCAGGUGGUUGUAUCUCGUCUGACCUUUCAUUCAAGCAACUGUGAUUUAUCUUCUCUUACAGAAUGAAGUGCCUUCAUUACUGCGCUGAUUUGGUUGUUGUGUCGGGUUAUGGGGGGGUGCACAUUUUUAUGCUGCAUAUUGUCUCAAAUCUCCAAAUACAUAUGAACUAAAUCCUUUGAAGUUGGAAAUCUGUGCGACCUGGAUAGUAUUUUGCUCGUGAAUUUAAUAAUAUUGUAUUGUUAAAUUUACCAAAGAUUUCUAAAAUUCAAUGUGACGCGUGUUUGAAUGACGUCAUUUGAUCUGCGACACUGAGUAUAAAUUUAAAAAAAAAAGAUUGAAACCCCACUUUAUAGAUAGAAAUCUUUAUGAUAUCAUUGCCGUCCACCAAAAAAACCUUUGAGGAAGUUAUAAUAAAUAGCAAAGAUAACCUGGUAUUCUAUUUAUUGGGGAGUUUGGGUGCAUUGUAAAGAGUAAAGACUGCUGUUUGAAAUCGUACUGUACAACAUCAUUAAAGUUGCAAGUUUGCACUGUC